AUUUAAUGAAUGCAGACUUGUAUAGAUAUGUUUUCAGGGGGGAUUGUGAUUCUCUUAGAAGAUUAGCCAGAAAUAAUCUGGGAAUUCUUCAAGGGAUUACUCCGCAAGGAAAUAGUGCAGUCCAUGUUGCAGCGAGCAAAGGGCAUCGUGAAAUGUUAGAGCGGCUGAUUCAAUUGAAGCCCAGCCUUUUGUUAAUGAAGAAUAUCAAGGAUGAAACGCUGCUCCACAAAGCGGCGGCAGCCGGACAACUGCAAGUAGUAGAGCUUCUCCUCACCAUUAACCGUGGUCCUAUUGAUUUAGAAGUUGGUUCUGUUUUUGAGCCUGAUGUAUUUUGGAGAUCUGUCAACAAAGACAAUGAAACGGCGCUGCAUUAUGCUGCGAGAGGCGGCCAUGAGACAGUUGCUGAAAACAUAUCUCGUGGAGUCAAUGAUAUAAACAGUAUCGUGAACAAAGCCGGGGAAUCUGCUCUUUAUACAGCCUGUGUUCAUGGUAGAUAUGACGUAGCCCAGAGGUUGCUGACGAUCCAAGGUGCAUUUGCUGGUGAUACUAGAAGAGAUGGACGGACCUGUCUCCAUGUAGCUAUUCAUACAAAGCAGACAGAAUUGGCUUCAUUAUUACUGGGUAGAAGACCUCAACUAGCUGAAAAGGCUGACGCUUCAGGCAACAUGCCGUUGCAUCUAGCAACGUUACGUGGUUUCCUGUAUCUUGUAAAAAAGUUGUUGAGUACAGCGCCACCUACUAGCUUCCAUUUCAACGAGGCUAAGACGGCUCCAAUACACAUAGCUGCACAACUGGGUUACACGGAAAUAAUUGAUUUGUUGAUCAAUGAGACACCACAUUGUAUAGAACUGUUAGGCAAGGACAAUAAGAAUGCUUUGCACUUUGCUCUCGAAGGUGGUCAUUCUUUCAAGAUUUGCCGCUAUCUGCUUAACGAUAAGUUGGAUGCCGCUUUCUUGAUUAAUGAGCCUGACAACGAGGGUAGCACAGCGUUCCACAAAACAGCGUUUUCAAAGGGCUUAAGGGUAUUGAAGGAGAUGGCGAAAAUAUCAAAAUGGAAUCUGAAUGCAGAGAAUAAAGAUUGGUAUACUGCCCUGGACAAGCUGAAAACAUUGGAAAUUCUCCCGUGCGCAGCGAAGGGACAUGUGCGGUUCUUCGAAAAAAUGGUUUCCGUCUCUCCUCCCAACAUGUUUCUGGAGAACCAGAAAGAGGAAGGCCGCACACAGUUUGUGGAGUUCAGAGGAAGUAGUUCUGCAGGAGAAAGAGGUCCCAACGAAACGUAUUCAUUAAUUGCAGCGCUCCUAGCGACUGUUACAUUCGCUGCGGGCUUUACAGUUCCUGGGGGAGUUAGUGCUGACCAAGGGAUUCCAGUGCGGAUGCAUUCUGCUGCUUUCAAGGCCUUCAUAAUAGCCAACACGUUGGCUAUGUCGUCUUCCAUGGUGGCAAUUUUUUUAUUACUCGACAUUCCGACCUUGGCGUUCAAGGAGGCUCCUUUCAAGAUCUCAAACUCUUAUCCAAUUCUAUCGUUAGAUGCGUUUCUGCAAGGACGCACUUUCGUUGUCUGGGCGUUCCUGGCAACAAUGGUGUCAUAUGUAACAGGUGUGUACGUUUUAGUGGCGCCCAGCUCUUCAUGGUUAGCCGUAAUUGUUUGCUUAGUUGGAUGCUCUGCUCCUUUAAUUUGGGUUUGUUAUAAGCUCAACUUUAGUUGGACCAUGGAGCUGAUGGAUUGGAGAGGGCGAUGAUAAGAUAAGGGUGGUCCACCUUAUGCCACAACCCUCCCGCCCUGCUACUCCCCCUCGUUCUCAGCCAACUCUUUAUUUAGA